UUAAGUCCUAAACCCUCUCUCCUCUCUCUCUCUCUCUCUCUCUUUCUCUAGCUUUGGGUUUUCAUGUUCAUGGAUUUAAUUUGCCCUAGAAACCCUAUCGUGUGGGAUGGGAAUCGAUUUGCGCCAUGCUUUGCUGAUAUGGUUUUAGGUUUUGGGGCUAAUGUGAUCACUAUAGUUGCAGUUCUUGUGGUUUUUUUCACUAGGAAUGACGCUUCAAGAACCGUGAAUAUCCAGAAAAGCCUACUGGAGAAGUUAUUUUUGCAUGCUGUACCUGCUUUUGGAGCAUGUCUUUCUUUCUACGAUAUUCUUCUGCUUCUAAUGAAAAGCCUUGAAGGACAUGAUCCUGAAUAUUAUGAGUGGUUCUUCAGAUGCUCUCAGUGUGCCACAUGGAUGCUCAUCUUGGUUUUCUCAACCUCCAAGUAUUGGUUCAGUGUCUUUUGCAAUCCCUUCUUGUGCCUCUGGUGGAUUCUUAAGCCUCUUUUAGAGAUCCCUCAUUUGCAGUACAAGUUUUUAUCACCAGAGGUAAUAACAUGCUUCAAGGAAAGUUCUUCUGUAUCUGCUGAACUCAUGUUUGGGCUCUUUGUCAAUGUGAUCAGAGCAACGAGCCAAUCUUACAAAAGAAGAGAAUUAAACUCUAUUGAAGAUCCCUUUAUCCCCCAACAUAUAGAGACAAACGAAGGUCGUUCUAUAUAUUUGGUCAGGAAGUUCGGCAAUUUCUGGCACCUUGUGACCUUCAAGUUUAUCAAUUCAAUGAUGGAUGUUGGCUUGACGAAACAACUUGAUUUUGAAGAUCUUGUUCAAUUGCCUCCUGAACUUACACCUGUUGUCUGUUACGAUGAAUUACUCAAUUGCUGGAUUGCUGAACAAAGUAAGCAUCACUCUGAUUCCUCUCUACUUAGGGCAAUGUAUUAUGCAUAUGGCUGGCCAUACUUUCGUCUGGGUCUGCUAAAGGUGAUAAAUGAUGCUAUUGGCUUUGUUGGUCCAUUGCUCCUUAACCGGUUGAUAUCGUUCCUUCAACAAGGUUCGAGUAAUAUAGAAGGAUACAUUCUUGCUUUUGCACUGGGUUUUACUUCUCUUUUCAAGUCCUUUCUUGAUACACAGUACACUUUUCGUCUUUCAAAGUUAAAGUUGAUGCUAAGAUCAAGCAUAAUGACAAUUGUUUAUCACAAGUGCUUGUACAUCAACCUAGCCGAACGUUCAAAAUUUUCUAAGGGAGAAAUUCAAACAUUUAUGUCAAUUGAUGCUGAUAGGACGAUAAACUUGUGCAACAGUCUUCAUGAUGUUUGGAGCUUGCCAUUGCAGAUAGGUUUGGCACUCUGUCUCUUAUAUACGCAAGUCAGUUUUGCAUUUGUAUCUGGACUUGCACUAACAAUACUGCUUAUACCAGUUAAUAAAUGGAUUUCUGGAUUGAUUGCUAGUGCAACAGAAAAAAUGAUGAAACAAAAGGAUGAGAGGAUCAGAAGUGCUGGAGAACUUUUAGCAUUUAUUCGUACAUUGAAGAUGUACAGCUGGGAGGAUCUAUUCAUGAAGAGAUUGAUGGAAAGAAGAGAAAUGGAAGUGAAGCAUCUUUCGACUCGAAAAUAUUUGGAUGCAUGGUGUGUGUAUUUCUGGGCGACAACUCCCACGCUGUUCUCUCUUUUCACAUUUGGCAUGUUUGCAUUGAUGGGUCAUUCAUUAGAUGCUGCUACAGUUUUCACCUGUGUGGCGCUUUUCAAUACAUUGAUAUCUCCACUAAAUUCCUUUCCUUGGGUGAUUAAUGGGAUGAUUGAUGCCAUUAUUUCUGCUCGAAGAUUGAGCAAAUACUUGUCCUGCCUUGAGCAUAAAUACAAAUACGAGCAGCGAUCUCUUGAAGAGUUCGAUAAAGAUGGGACUGAUGCAAAUGGUAAUGCAACGGGUAUCAUCUUUCGAGAUGCUUCCUUUUCUUGGUCUAGCAGGAAUGAGGUGGGGCAGAGUGCAGAUAUUAGUGGCAUCUCUCUGGGAAUUUCAAAGGGCCUUCUAGUUGCUAUAAUUGGAGAGGUUGGUUCUGGCAAGUCUUCUUUGAUUAAUUCUGUUCUUGGAGAGAUGAAUCUUACUUAUGGGUUCGUACGUUCCCAUGGCUCAAUUGCAUAUGUGCCACAGGUGCCUUGGAUCCUCUCAGGUUCAUUGCGUGACAAUGUGUUGUUUGGGAAGGAAUUCGAUCGUGUGAGGUAUGGAGAAGUUUUAGAGGCAUGUACACUUGAUGUUGAUAUUUCAAAGAUGAUUGGAGGUGAUGUAUCGUAUAUUGGGGAGAAAGGUGUUAACUUAUCUGGUGGGCAGAGAGCUCGUCUUGCCCUAGCAAGGGCGGUCUACCAUGACUCUGAUAUUUACCUACUUGAUGAUAUACUUAGUGCAGUUGAUUCGCAAGUUGCUCUUUGGAUUUUACAUAGAGCUAUUCUGAGCCCCCUUAUGAACCGGAAGACUAGGUUGCUAUGCACUCAUAAUCUUCAGGCUAUUUCUUCCGCAGACAUGAUCAUUAUCAUGGAUAAAGGGCAUGUAAAGUGGGCUGGAACUUCAGCUAGUUAUUUCACAUCUCCAUACUCAAAUAUUUGUGCACCAGAUAGUUCAAAUGUCUUGUCAUCAACACCGUUGGAAAAGGGAAAUUGGAAAAGUUCUUCCAAUGGGAAACAGUCUAAACUUCCUCUCGAUAGUGAUUUUAUAGCUUCUGAGCAAUCCACCGAAAGUAUCGAAGUAGAACUGAGGAAAGAGGGCAAAGUUGGACUUGAUGUCUACAAAAGUUAUGCAGUGUUUGCCAGCUGGCCAGUUGUUAUUAUCAUAUGUGUCUCGGCUUUUCUUAUGCAAGCAUCUCGCAAUGGGAAUGAUCUCUGGUUAUCUCACUGGGUUGAUACGAGCACAGGAACCGAGUACACAAGAUUUUAUUUGGUUAUCCUUGCUGUUUUUGGCUUAAUGAACUCCCUUUUCACCUUAGCAAGGUCAUUCUCUUUUGCAUAUGGCGGUCUACGUGCAGCAAUUCUGGUCCAUACCAAGAUUCUGGAUAAGCUUCUCAAUGCACCUGUUUAUUUUUUUGACCACAACCCUAGUGGUCGCGUACUGAACAGAUUAUCCUCAGAUUUGUAUACAAUUGAUGAUUCUCUUCCAUUUAUUCUCAAUAUCCUAUUGGCCAACUUCUUUGGGUUAUUAGGAAUUGCAUUUGUUUUGUCCUAUGCACAGAUUUUGUUUUUGCUUCUAUUGGUUCCAUUUGGGUAUAUAUACCGGAAACUGCAGUUUUACUAUAGGGCCACAUCACGCGAAUUGAGGAGGCUUGAUAGUGUUGCUCGUUCACCUAUCUAUUCAUCCUUCACGGAAACAUUGGAUGGAUCAUCAACUAUAAGGGCAUUUGCAAAGGAGGAAUUGUUCAUGGCUAGAUUUAUGGAACAUGUAUCACUAUAUCAGCGAACAACCUAUUCAGAGCUGACGGCAGGCUUGUGGCUUUCUUUGCGCCUUCAAUUGUUGGCAGCAUUCAUCAUCUUAUUCAUUGCUGUGAUGGCUGUUGUUGGGUGCCAUAGAGAUUUUCCAAUUAAUUUUGGUACACCGGGACUGGUUGGUUUGGCCCUUUCUUACGCGGCGCCAGUCGUUUCAUUGUUGAGCAGUUUUCUAAGUAGUUUCACAGAAACAGAGAAGGAGAUGGUUUCUGUUGAGAGAGUUGGUGAGUAUAUGGAUAUUCCUCAAGAAGAUCUUCAAGGAUCACAACCUCUCGAUCUGAAUUGGCCCAAUGAAGGACAAAUCGAGUUUCAACAUGUUACCCUCAAAUAUAAGCCAUCUCUGCCAGCUGCUUUGAAUGAUGUUUCGUUCAGAAUUGCAGCAGGCAUGCAGGUUGGAAUAGUUGGAAGGACAGGAGCUGGAAAAUCCAGUGUCCUCAAUGCACUUUUUCGCCUAAACCCUAUUUGUAAUGGGCGCAUUCUGGUAGAUGGUGUUGAUGUGGCUGAUGUUGCUGUUAGAGUUCUUCGUGGGCACUUUGCAGUGGUCCCCCAAAGCCCAUUCUUGUUCGAAGGAUCUCUAAGGGAAAACCUAGAUCCGUAUGGGAGGGCGAGCGACUGGAAAAUCUGGGAAGCCCUAGAAAAAUGCCAUAUGAAGGCAGAGGUAGAAUCAGCUGGUGGACUAGACAUACAUGUAAAAGAAAGCGGCACAUCAUUUUCUGUUGGCCAGCGGCAGCUCAUAUGUCUUGCACGAGCAAUCAUCAAAUCUUCCAAGAUACUCUGUUUGGAUGAAUGCACGGCAAAUGUUGAUACUCAGACGGCGCUACUGCUACAAAGUACCAUAUCUGAUGAAUGUAAAGGCAUGACAAUUCUCACAAUAGCGCAUCGCAUUUCUACGGUGUUGGAGAUGGACAAUAUUUUAGUUCUUGAUCAUGGUAUCCUGGUUGAACAAGGAAAUCCACAGGAUCUUCUUGAUGAUGAAUGCUCGAGAUUUUCAAGCUACGCUAAGGCAUCCACAAUGUAAGCAUCGGAUAACGGCCUACAUUUAACAGAUAUUUUUUUUUUCGUGGAUUAAGCAUUUAACCUGUGUUAUGUCCUGUUGGAUAGUCCCAAGUUAUUUUAACCGUAGAAAUGCUUCUAUAACUCUAUAUUAAAUUCCUAAACCGCUUAAGAGAUACCAUUAACCAAUAACUGCUACCUUUUGAAGUCAAAAUUGGUUAAAUUUUCACUGGUUGAUGA